CUUGUUGAGGGCAUCUGACAAUUACAUUGUGGGCGGAGGAAUCUAAGGUAUAAUGGUGACCGCGUGACGCAGCUGGUUGCUAGGUGUGGAUGACCUGAUGCUUUCGCUCAAUUAGUCGCUUCUCAGUCAUCAACUUCAUCACAACAAAGCAACAGCUCUGCCGCACUUCUGUCCUGCACACUCCGAAGGAGCAAUGGCUUUUUAAUUUCAAAGACUUGUCGACUCUCAGGGACCAACGUGCUUUGCUUUUGCAACGCACUCAAAACUUACAUUUCAGCCAGAAUGGAGUUUCAUAAUGCUCACCCAGCCCUUUUUUCUGUGGCUCAUCACUCGAACUUCACAAACUCGAAUCGUGCCCUCGGACCACUAAACUGUAAGGCAAACGGACAAGAUGAUGGCAGUGUCGACACCUAUUUGGAAGGCUUUACUCGCCUGCCCGGCAGAACCCCUCGCUCUCUCUCACCCACAGGCUAACCACAGCCAAUCGGAGGGACGUAGGGGGGAGGGGCCUGCGGAGAGCCAGCACUUAAUUGGUGAUGGUCUCACUGACUGGAUGACGGAAGAAGUGGAUUUCUCCUCUUACCUCCCAACCCCUCACUCCUCACCCUCCCCAAAUGCCUCCCUUCCCCCCUCACCCCUCCAACAUGACAUCCAGGUGCCCUCGGAUUUGGAGGUCAUGACCUCUCUGCUGCAAGAAGAGCUCGCUCAACUAGAGGAUUACUUCCUGUCCGACCCACUUCCUGAGAAAGCCUCGAAACUGGGCAAGUGUGACAAGGGUCCGACACCAGUGGGCCCCCCAUCAUACUACCAGUUGCCCUAUGCGUCAUACGCCACCUCAAACCAACCGGAAUCCAGCCCUCUUCUUGUUACCCUAGCAACUGGGGAACUCGACCUGCUGAGCUUCUGCGGCAGCCCAAUAGGCCGAUCCAAGAUCCCGAGACACGCCCCGUACAGUUGCAGCCGCCCCAACAACAACAACAACAAUGGCUGCGGCCGAAAGCGAGUUUCCGACGGGCUGAGGGUGGGCGAGGGCUACGAGAAUAGCAUCUGGAAUUCCAAAGGAAAUAGCUCAGGUAACCCAGCGGUGGCACUUAGUGGCAGUAGUUACAGCUGUGUCGAAGAUGAGAGGGUGGUGGGCAAAGGGUACUGCUUGGGCAGUGCGGUCGAGAUCAGAAGGUGUGCCAUUUUACCAAAGGAAGAGAAAAAUUGUCGUUAUUCAGAGGAAACCAUGGGUGGAGGCAAACUUAUUGGCAAUGGGUAUAGCUUCAAUGGGCCUCUUGAAGGCCCGCAUAAGAAAGAAGAAAUGUUGAUGUAUGGCGUAAGGGAAGUUACCAUUAAUGGUAUAGGCGUAAGCAAUGAAGUAGCAAUGAUGAGUGAAAGCAAAGGCAGUGGUGAAGUUGCAAAGGCCAACAACAACCCUUGGAAGUCAGAGUCCAGUGAUGGAUGCUUCCUCCAGGGCUCAACCCAAAUGGAGGCCUACCACAGCUUCCUAGGUGCUAUGAGUGAACCACUGAAAGCAGAAGGCAUGCCGAUGGGGCAUCGCCAACAUAGCGAAUUCCACUGUGGCUUUUUAGAGGGACAGGGGUCCGAGUGUUUGGUUGGGGACAGGCAGGGGUCCGACAUGGGAUCGCCGGGCCCAAGUAUGGUUUGUGGGCUGACGGAGGACUCGUGCUCUCUGAAGUCUGAACUAGACGACCUACCCAUGGAGGGGCAUCACGGAGAACGCAGGCAGAAGAAGCGGGACCAGAACAAGACAGCUGCCCAUAGAUACCGCCAGAGGAAGCGAGCAGAGCUGGACUGUCUGGAGGACCAGCUGCACGGCCUGGAAGGAAAGAACCGGGAACUCCGUGACAAGGCAGAGUCGGUGGAGCGUGAGAUCCAGUAUGUCAAAGAUCUGCUGAUCGAGGUGUACAAGGCCCGCAGCCAGCGCCUUAAACAGGAGGCCAGCGCUUGAACCCCCUGCACCAAACCCCUGACGCCAAGCGCCCCGUUAACCGAAGCCCCUGCAAGUAGAUCCGAGAGCGGCAUAACAGGGAAUACGAUUUGAGUUAGAAUGUUUUCAAGAGCGUUGAAUGUUUUUUUUUUUAAGAAAAGGGAUAGGGGUUUUGCACGUUAUUAGUGUUUGUUAUUUUUAUUUUUAAUUUUGUUGUUACAAACUGACAAAUUCCACCAGCUGCAGCACAAAUUCCCCAUAUAUACGAGCUCCGCUUGAACUCCAACUAAGUCAGCACUGUGAUCCUGUCAUGUCUUAGGUGACAAUCAGCUUUCCGCAUCCAUAGGUAUCCUCUCUCCAAGACUACCAAUUAAAGCGGGUCAUUGUUUUAUAUAUAUAUAUAUGAUCAAUUUUAAUUUAGUCUUAAGAAUAGCACAUGUACUUUGGUUAGCCGAGGUGAUAAAAAACACCUGCUGUUUUUGUUUUUAAUGUUUGAUUGAAUAGUAGCCAUGUUAUGGCUAUCUUCUUCACUGAGCUAUAAAGAGGAUGUGCACUAAGCAAGAAAGGAAGUUCUUGUCCAUGAUACAUGUUCCAAAAUUGUAUUCCCUCAGGAAAAUGAGCUAAACGAAGUUUUAUUCCCUAAGUAAGUUCUGCAGCUCAGGUUUAUAUUACAUGUCCAAAGUUCUGGAGGUAUGUCAGUUUGUAACUUGUGUGUGCUACAAUCUCUAUGUGUGUUGGUCAUUUUUUUUCCUCUCCUCUGCAUGGCAAAGACUUCAUGGCUUCUCAUGUAUUUUUUGUUUUCUUGUUCCUGACAGACUGUAUAGCACACCGCCAGUGCACAAGUUCAGAGUGCUAAGUCCCUCAUUUCCAGCAAGGAACAUGCCAGUGUCUCACUCCUUGCCCAGUCAUUUCAUGUAACAGUGAUGUGAAUGGGUAUUUUAAUUCACAAACUACUGCUUGGCCCAAUGUCACUGCUGUAUUUGCGAGAACAAUCAGGGUUUGUGAUUUUAUAAGGCUCGAAUGCUCUGAUUUCUAUCUUUGAAUUGUUUCUUGAGUGAGAGAAAAUAAGACAUUUAUAGUUAUACAGCUUUUUAUAUUUUUCACUAGAGUGUUUGUUGUAGCAUUUGAUGUCCAUACAUACAGCAUAGGAUGCCGUGUCUCUGCUUUUAGCAAUAUUUCAUCAACAUUUCAAUCAAUGUUAUGGUUUUGAAAACUGAUUAUUUUCAAGUCAGGUAAAUGAGUUAAAUAGUUGAACAGAAUAAGUGGGUAUGAGGACCCAAAUGCCUGAACUACUGAAAUGUGAAUCUUUAUUUAUGAGUUGUUUAUUAUUUUGGUUCAUGCACCUUAAAUGAUAUAGCAAUAGAGGCCAAUGUUUCCUUUCCAUGAUUUUUAUUUCUUCUAUACAGAUUAUUGAUGGCAGAUAUUUUACAGUUUGGCGAUAUACAAUCAUGUUUAUGAAAUAUAGCUAACAGUGCAAUGUGAUUUCUGUCAUUUUUGUGGUUUAGAUGUGUGUUUCAAUUAUGGGGCUACACGCAGUUGAGCUUACACUAUUUUGAUAUUUUACACCAGCUGAAAUACCAACAGUAGCCAUUUUGUAGGAGACAUGUCGAUGUGUCAUCAUAUUUGCUUUGUGCUUCAUGUCAUUCCUCUUACCCAAAUAAAGUGAUUUGUG